ACUGACUUCACUUCUGUCGCCAAUUUGUCCCAUCAUUCCAAAUUCCUUGCAAGGAUUUAAAACACCGAAAACCAUUUUUAUUUGCCAUCCCUGUUUGCAAUGAUACUGACAAGAAUAAUAUAAUAGUAAUACAAUAAUAAUAAAUUUUUGGGGGAGCGGAAGACUGGGUGUGGCGGUGCCACAGGUAUCUUUGGUGGCACCUUUUAUUUGAACACACUGCAAAGACUUCACUACAAAUAAAACGUGAGUUAAAGAAUAUCUCUGCAUGCUGCGCACCUGAUCGGGACCCAAUCUGGGACAAUCUGCGGGUGGUUUGCGAGUUCAUGCUAUCUUUUUGGUCCGGUUACCUCAAACGGUUCAGCCUCAAUCAAAACGAGUAUGCUUCUGCCAAUCUUAACUGUGGGUUGUAUUAUUGCAGUGCCAUGGAAAAGCCAAAUGACCCAGAGGUCAAGCUCAAGGCAAGCAAGGGAAGCACCACACCCGGACCUGUCAUUGUGGCCAGAGGACAGUGGUCAAAUAAAAGAGAGUUUCUCCUCGCAGUUGCUGGAGAAAUCAUUGGACUUGGAAAUGUAUGGCGGUUUCCUUACCUGUGCUACAAAAAUGGAGGCGGGGUGUUCUUGAUCCCUUAUGUAGUCUUCCUUUUUGCAUGUGGCAUCCCUCUAUUUCUGCUGGAGAUCGCUCUCGGCCAGUACACCAAACAGGGCGCCAUUACCUGCUGGAAGCAAAUCUGUCCCCUCUUCGGAGGGAUUGGUUAUGGAACUCUGGUUGUAGUCCUAUAUUUCAGCAUCUAUUACAUCAUCAUAUUGGUGUGGGCAUUUGUGUACCUCAUCUCCUCCUUCACCGCUCAGCUUCCAUGGGCAAGCUGCAGAAACAGCUGGAACAUAGAGACGUGUGUGGAGUUAAAUGAAACACGUGUUCUCAACUGGACUGUGACAGAAAACGCGACAUCCCCUGUGAGGGAGUUUUGGGAGAGAAGAGUACUGAACCUGACGGGAAGUGCCCACGAGAUGGGUAAUGUUCGAUGGGAGUUGGCUUUGUUUCUUCUUUUUUCUUGGAUCAUCUGUUACUUUUGUGUGUGGAAAGGAGUGAAGUCCACAGGAAAGGUUGUUUAUUUUACGGCCACUUUUCCGUACUUGAUGUUGGCCGUGCUGCUUGUCCGUGGGCUGACGCUGCCCGGGGCCAUAGAUGGCAUCAAAUUUUACCUCUACCCCGAGCCAUCCCGCCUGGCUGAUCCGCAGGUCUGGAUGGAUGCCGGCACGCAAAUAUUUUAUUCUUAUGCUCUUUGCAUCGGUUGUUUGACGGCGCUUGGAAGCUAUAACAAGUACGACAAUAACUGCUACAAAGAUUGCAUCUAUUUGAGCCUGCUGAACAGCGGGACCAGUUUCGUGGCAGGUUUUGCCAUCUUUUCAGUUCUUGGAUUCAUGGCUUAUGAGCAGAACACGGACAUAUCCAAAGUAGCAGAAUCAGGUCCCGGCCUGGCCUUCAUCGCUUACCCACGAGCUGUGGCCAUGAUGCCGUUUCCACAGAUUUGGGCCAUUUUCUUUUUCAUCAUGAUCAUCCUGCUUGGAUUGGACAGUGAGUUUGUUCUGAUGGAAGCUCUUGCGACUGGAAUUUGCGACAUGAAACCUUCCGUCUUCUAUGUUGGCCAUCGACGCAAACUACUUCUUCUCCUCAUCACUGUUGUGUGUUUCUUCAUUGGCCUCUCCAUGGUCACUGAAGGUGGAUUAUACAUCUUUCAGUUGUUUGACUACUAUUCCUGCAGCGGGAUGUCUCUGCUUCUCUUUGCCACAUUUCAGUCCGUGUGUAUUGGGUGGGCUUAUGGAGCAGAUCGUUUCUAUGACAACAUUGAGGACAUGAUUGGAUACAGGACUUUACCGCUGAUUAAACACGUCUUGAAAUAUGUCACUCCAGUCAUCUGCAUGGUAAGUAAGCAUACAUCCAACUAUUCAUUAUCUGAAGCGCUUAUUCUCACGAAGGUCACUGGCAGAUGACUUGGGGCAAUAGGCGGUUUUGCCUAAAACUGUU